CGCGCACCCACCCGCCCGACGUCGAGCCGUCGUUACGUAACCUGCGGGCGGGCGCCCAGAACCGGAAGGCCCCGCCCUCCUACCGGCCGCGAAGGCCGGUCAACCUCUGCCCCGCCCCUACCGGCCGCCGGACCCGCCGACUCUCGGUCCGAAGCUCCGAGCCCGGACCGUGCGCACCUCCGGAAGCUCCCGCCUCUUUCUCCUAAUAUGGGACGACUGUGUUGAUCCGCCGCUGACGCCACGGAGCUAGACUGGCCCCAAACUGAUAUACAGGAGCGACUCUCUCCCUCCCAACUUCCGCUUCCUUGGAGUCAGGGGUUUGUGCUGCCCACCCCUCACCCCGGCGGCAUCGCGGCGACUGAACAUGUUUGGGCUCAAAAGGAACGCAGUCAUCGGGCUGAACCUGUACUGCGGGGGCGCGGGGCUGGCAGCCGGCAGCGGCGGGGACACCACCCCGACGAGAGGGCGGCUGUUGUCGGCGGGGAAGGAGGCCGCAGCCCGGCAGGAGGGCGGGGGAGGGGACGCCGGCGCGAGCCCCCCAGUCCCGCUCACGCCGCAAGCCCUGAGGGGUGCGCGGCCGUCGCCGAUUGGUGCCGAGGGUCCCUACGUCACCGCGACCCCCGUGAGGCCGCCGUUCCUCGCGCCCACCCUCCGCGCGGCGCCGCCCGAAGACAUGGCAGCCCCGGCGGCCGGCGCCAUCAUGUCGCCUGAAGAGGAACUGGACGGGUACGAGCCGGAGCCGAUGGGGAAGCGGACGGCCCCCCUGCAGCUGCUGGACCUGGUUCGGGACGCCGGCCACAGCUCGGGCAUGGACGGCUCGCUGCCCUCCACGCCGCCCCCCGCGGAGGAGGAGGAGGACGAGCUGUACCGGCAGUCGCUGGAGAUCAUCUCCCGGUACCUGCAGGAGCAGGCCACGGGCGCCAAGGCCGCGAGGCCGCUGGGCGGGUCGGGCGCCGCCAGCCGCAAGGCGCUGGAGACCCUCCGGCGGGUCGGGGACGGGGUGCAGCGCAACCACCUGACGGCCUUCCAAGGCAUGCUUCGGAAACUGGAGGUCAGAAACGAGGACGACGUCAAGGCCUUAUCGCAGGUGAUGGUCCAUGUUUUCAGUGACGGGAUAACAAACUGGGGCAGGAUUGUGACUCUCAUUACUUUUGGGGCCUUUGUGGCCAAACACUUGAAGAGUAUAAACCAAGAAAGCUGCAUCGGAACUUUAGCAGAAAUCAUCACAGAUGUUCUCAUAAGGACGAAACGAGAGUGGCUAGUCAAACAAAGAGGCUGGGAUGGGUUUGUGGAGUUCUUCCACGUAGACGACCUAGAAAGUGGCAUCAGAAAUGUGCUGCUGGCUUUCGCAGGUGUUGCUGGAGUAGGAGCUGGUUUGGCAUAUCUAAUAAGAUAGCCUUUUAAGUGCAAUAAUAGACUUUAAACCCGCUCCAGCCACCAACACCAUGUCUGUGAAAUCAAACGUAUUUAUGAAGUUGGACUUCAUGCUGCCCAUGCUAUAACCUCCAAGAGUUCUCUUGUCAAGAGUGCCAAGAGGAUUGUGUCUAACAGGAAUAAAUACAUGGGAAAAAGUAGUCCUCCCUGGAGAGUCACCGUCUGAAAGAAGUAAACUUCAGUCUCAGCAAAAGGCACACACUGGGAGGCUGUGGAGGAGGACUUUAGUGAAGAUGGUAGGAUGAGACUUACUUUCCUUGUCUGAAACCGAGCAGCCAGUAGCGAAGCUAGAGAUUUUGUUUAAUGUGUCCACUGACUUCAUUAAGCACUAACAACGCUAGUGAUGUGUGUGAAAUGGAUUUAAUCUAUAAGUAAGGAAACUAUGGCUAGGACCCUCAAGACUGUACAACAGCGUGUGGUGGGAAACUUACUUCUCUUUAAUUAGUUUGUCCAGGUGUUCAGGGCCUUUUUACCUGUCCGGCUUACACUUGGUUUGAGUAAUUCUUGUUUGUUGACCCAGUAAUGGCCAAAAAUACUUGACUUGGGGCACAGUGAUUAGUUACAGAUGUGGAAUAUCCUCAGUUUUUAAGACAAAAACAACCUGUAACUGUAUUUGUCUGUAAAAACUGUAUAUAUUUUUGCAGAAAGUCUAUUUCCUUCAACUGUAAAGGGAAAUUCACAUUUACUUUAGGCUUUUUCAUAACCUUUUGGAAUUUACAAUGUCUGUAGUUAGAAACCUUUUUCUUAACAACUUUUCUAAACUUUGUCCCAGUCAAUUCUAGAAAUGUUAAUUGUAUGCAAUCUGGUUGUAGUGGAACAACUCUGAUUCUUAACUAUGCAGGCUUUCAUUUUCUUAUCUAAUUUUAGUGUGUUUGGGGGUUUUUGUUUAUAACCUGGGAUUGAGACAUUGAGGAAUGGGAACUAAUCUUUUCACUUCAUCAAAUGCAGGUUUUCAAUAAUUGAGUCCUAGUGGAGUUGUUUCAGUUUUUUUUUUUUUUUUUUUGGGGGGGAAGGACACUUGUGCGCGCACCCCUCCCCCCAGCACACACACAGGCCAAUACUUUAAUUAUGGGCUCUGAUUAGGCAACUACAUAUUUGAGUUCCUUUUAUAUGACCUAGUUUAACUGGUGAGAUUUAAACUGAAUUUGUGAGCUCAUCUUCAAAGCUUUUGCUAAAAGAUUUUUCAGCUGUUCCGAAUGGAACUUAGUAGCAGUGUGUGUAUAAAAAUAUCACAUCAGGUGGACAAGUCAUUUGAUCUCUUGUUUGCAUAUUAAACUGUAAAAUGAUGUCCUGGCAAAGCAGGCUUUAGUCUUAACCAUGGUGCUAUUAUUAGGCUUGCUUGUUAAACACAGGUCUAAGCCUAGGGUGUCAAUAAAAAAAAAAAUACUGUUUCAUUUCUAUAAAUGAUUCCCAAACGUUUCGAGUUUUUGCAUUGCCAUCUCUGAUUUCAGUCCGGUAUUCUGUGAAAUUCACCAUUUAUUUCCUAUUCUUUCAAUAUUUGCUGCUUGUUUGGCUUCCUGUACAGAUAUUUAUCAGUUCCUACAUUUUGACCCUCCUCUCUGAGCUCUUAAUGCCCUCACAGCUUUUGGCAUAUGAAUCUGAACUAGGAACUAGUAGCCCCAGGCAAUCCUCUCAGUCCACAGGUUUUCAUCUUUCAUAAAAUUUUUCUUGGGAGGUAGUAUAUGGGUCCAGUGACUGUAACUCCUGAGGUAGGAAGAGUCUCCCUUUUGUUGAACUGGUACAUUUUUGUUUGUAUCCUGCCUGGCUUUCAGAGACUGGAAUACCAUUUGACAUGAUUUCUUUUACAUGCAGAUAUGCUCACCUAGAAUUUAUACAGCCAGCAAGAGGGCUCAGUUAAAUCUAAAAGUUAUAUAAAAGCUACUGGUGAACUGAAAGCUUCAACCUCAGAAUAUGACCUUUCAAUCUGGAUUCCAGAUAAAAAUAGGCAUAAAUUAAAUGACUAAGAAUGUAAUAGGGAAGAAUUGCCCUGUUCUGCCCAUCUCUGAGCCAUAAAGUCAUCUAGCUAGAACUAUUUUUACCUGUGUAUUUAUCACUCUUGAUCAUAAACCACUUAUUUAUAUCAUGUCUAUAUCUAAGGACCUAAAAAGCACUUUAUAUAGUUUUAAAUUAAUCCUGAAAUCUGGUUAUGGUGACUGAAAGGCCUGCCUCCCCAUAAUCUUGUGGAAAUAAGUGCAUAAGUGUAAAUUGGAGUUGAGGAUCCCCACUACCCAGUUUACUAGGAAUGACUGCUGAAAUGUAAAUGAGGUUCUAUUGAAAUUUUGUGUGAGAACUAAGUGCUUUGGGAAAGGGUGACGGUUUUUAGGGAGAGGAGGCAAAUAUUCUAGAGUGCUGACUAGCUGCAUAGUUCAGGCAAAUCCUCCACAAUGAGAGGGAUGGGGCUGCUUGGAAAGAGCUCUCAGCAACUUCUGUCUUAGCUUCUCUCAGGGAAAAUAACAUGCAGUCCUGAUGUCCAUAUACUUGGGGUAGGACAGACCAGGGACAUCUUUGUUCUGGUUAAACAGCGAAUGCUGUUAACAGCUGUGCCAGGAUUGGUCAGGACCAACUACAAACUAAUCUGGGCUGUAAAAUGUGUAUUUCCCUAACUUCCUGUUUUUUCCUGAGAAGAAAAUAAAUCUUUUAUUCAAAUGCAA